AUGAAAAGUCCUUAAGUCAUUUAGAUAAUGCUUGGAUUUUUUGUUAUAUUCUUGAUCUAUAAAAAUGUUCAGAAGAUUUAUGAUUAUACAUGGAAUAUAUUGAAAGAAAAAGUUGAUGAGAAGGGCUUUAUCAAGACAAAUAUGAUAAAUGUGCUUAACUAUUGCAGCAUGUUUAUUCACUUUCAAUUCAUCACGAUUCUUCCAUUCACUCUUUACUACAGAUCUCUAUGCUAGAUAGAAACUAUUACCCAAGAGGAAUUGGUUGAAACUUUUAAAGUAGACUCUGAAUAAUAUGGAAUAAUGGAUGAUUAAUAGCACGAAACAAUAUUAUUAAAAUCUCAGAUUUUGGAUUCUGUUGAGAGAGUAUUUCCCUUUAAACUGAUUAGAGAUUACUUAACUCAAAAUGAUGAGAAUAAAGCCAAAUUAUUGCCUUUGGGAUUAGUAUCUUCUGGAUUCAAAACUAUUACUGUGAUGCUUUGCCUCUCAAUUUACUCUAUUAUCAUUCAAAUUUGA